AUGAAAGGAACACAGAAACAGGUGUGUAUCCUGGCUGAAGGUAACAAGGUGGUUGAGUGGGUUGGAGCACGGGGCUGGUACCACCAGGUGGUUGAGUGGGUUGGAGCCCGGGGCUGGCACCACCAGGUGGUUGAGUGGGUUGGAGCACGGGGCUGGCACCACCAGGUGGUUGAGUGGGUUGGAGCACGGGGCUGGCACCACCAGGUGGUUGAGUGGGUUGGAGCACGGGGCUGGCACCACCAGGUGGUUGAGUGGGUUGGAGCACGGGGCUGGCACCACCAGGUGGUUGAGUGGGUUGGAGCACGGGGCUGGCACCACCAGGUGGUUGAGUGGGUUGGAGCACGGGGCUGGCACCACCAGGUGGUUGAGUGGGUUGGAGCACGGGGCUGGCACCACCAGGUGGUUGAGUGGGUUGGAGCACGGGGCUGGCACCACCAGGUGGUUGAGUGGGUUGGAGCACGGGGCUGGCACCACCAGGUGGUUGAGUGGGUUGGAGCACGGGGCUGGCACCACCAGGUGGUUGAGUGGGUUGGAGCACGGGGCUGGCACCACCAGGUGGUUGAGUGGGUUGGAGCACGGGGCUGGCACCACCAGGUGGUUGAGUGGGUUGGAGCACGGGGCUGGCACCACCAGGUGGUUGAGUGGGUUGGAGCACGGGGCUGGCACCACCAGGUGGUUGAGUGGGUUGGAGCACGGGGCUGGCACCACCAGGUGGUUGAGUGGGUUGGAGCACGGGGCUGGCACCACCAGGUGGUUGAGUGGGUUGGAGCACGGGGCUGGCACCACCAGGUGGUUGAGUGGGUUGGAGCACGGGGCUGGCACCACCAGGUGGUUGAGUGGGUUGGAGCACGGGGCUGGCACCACCAGGUGGUUGAGUGGGUUGGAGCACGGGGCUGGCACCACCAGGUGGUUGAGUGGGUUGGAGCACGGGGCUGGCACCACCAGGUGGUUGAGUGGGUUGGAGCACGGGGCUGGCACCACCAGGUGGUUGAGUGGGUUGGAGCACGGGGCUGGCACCACCAGGUGGUUGAGUGGGUUGGAGCACGGGGCUGGCACCACCAGGUGGUUGAGUGCAUUGGAGCAUGA